AUGUCGCAUCAGGCGCAAGAAGAUGGCGAGGUGGGUGGCAGCAGUGCUGAUAUACCAGCAACUCCUUCAUCCAAUUACCAGCAACCCGACUCUGAUGAAUCCUCUCGCCCACCUUCAUCUUCUUCGCAAUUCAGCCCGCUUAACACGCACCCAGGAAUCAAGUGCGUGUGGUGCUCAAAAGAAUUUAAUUCGACCUUCGAAAUGCUACCUGCCGAAGCCCUCAAGCUGCAUAUGAAGAGCGCGCACCCAAAUGUCACUGCUGAUUCUAGACAUAUCGCCAGCGAAGGCACUUCUGUUGCGGAAAAGCUGCUUCAGGAGACCAAACAGGCGCGCCAACCAGCGCAGACCGGUGGUCGUCAGAUCGCUACCGGGGUCGAGGAGCGCAUUGCACUUGGUUGGAAGUUUCAUGACGUGCGAGACUUUACAAAGGACUACUCCGGAGAAAAGGAUGAACUUGAAUCCAUGUGGAAACGGCUAUUUGAUGGGUUUGACCGACCAAAGCCGUAUGAAGCAGAGGAGGCUGAGCAUGGAAGCUUCCUAUCCAUCACCGACCCCGAGAUAUACGUCGAUCUUCUCAAAAACCCCGAUUCCCAUUCCACAGAAGAGCUUUACGCCAUCACUGCAAAUGCAGCGAAAGCUCUUGAAGUUUGGCAGGAUGAAUAUAUGGCUGUUGAUGAAUUAUCCAGAUGGGCAACUCGCAGAGUGCUCAAAAAGACCGUAGAUCCGAGGAAGACGGAAAGCUUUCAGGUCUUUGAAGACAAAAAAGAGGCUAAACUGUACGGAUACAAAUAUGAUUCUCGACCUAGCAAGGUUGGCAAUCAAAACCCGUUUCUCCAAGGUGGUUUCAAGCCUACCACGGAUCAAAUGAAAAAGAUGACAGCGGCUGCCACCGACCCGUAUAAUGUUGAUGGCUGGACACCGAUUGUCAAAGAUGGCGUGGAGUAUGUACCGAGAAUAAGGCCACCGCCGCCACCAGAGGCUAAACGAAAGGUCGAGACGACCACGACCUCCGGAGAAGCCACCAAUGGACGACACGGCGGCAAAAGGGUCACACGCUACGGUGGCUCUAGAUAUCCAACUACAAGGGAGGGAUCUCAGGCAUUGACAGAAAGGUCAAGCCCAACUCCAUCCAUUGGCACUCGUACCCAGUCGCCGGAAGCAUCAGCAACGCCAAACUCCUUAUAUGCUGGACGGUCGAAAAGAAGGACCCGAUCCGGAAAGAUAUCGAACUCCGCGGGUCCAACUAUUGCGAAGACGACACGCUCCAGGGUAACCAAGCCUUCUGCUCUUGGUCCCAACCGUUCUCGCGCUGCACCUACCAGUGUUCCUCCAACUGGGGCCACGACAACUGUAACGACUCCUACUUCUACGCCUGGGCCUGCGCCAACAUACGAAGAUCCCCUGCUUGAUCCCAAGAACCUAGAGAAGAUCAGGCAAUCGAAGCAUCCGAAGAGAACAGAAGCGAUGAUCCGUCACUGGGCCAAAUUCAACUCCGAAGGUCGAACUCGAAACCCGAAAAGGACAAAAGCGCAGAUUGAAGCGGACAAGGCAGCCCAAGCUGCAGCUGAUGCUGCGCAGAAAGCCUCGUCGGGAAGGAAACGCAAGCUCGAGACCGAGAGCGAGCCGGCGAACACGACGGCUUCAACACCCAUCCCAAAGAAAACGAAACGGGCGGUGGCAAAGCCCAGAGCAGUGUCUGAAGCCAAUUCACCAGUCCCUAUGCCUGCGAUGCAAGCUCCAAGCACUAUGGUUCCACCAACCUCUGUAACCCCGGCGACCGGGACUCUGGGCAACCCUACGUAUCCAGCAUCGAUGCAGAAUGGGCAAUAG